AUCAAGAAAUAUCAGAUUCACAACAAACUACCUUAUCAAUAAUUGAAUCGACAUACCAGAUUGCUAACAUGAGCAAUUUAAAUUUGGAUCAUGAGAAGCUGAGUGAUGAAGUAGGAAAAACCUUAGCUGAAACUCUACGUAUAAAUCCCACCUUAAAAUAUUUAGAUUUAAGUUCGAAAAAUCUAUUUAAUGGUGCAGGUCAAGCAAUAGCUAAGGCAUUAUGCAAUAAUAGCACACUUACUGGUUUGAAUUUGGAAAACAAUUAUCUUGGCGAUGAAGCAGUAAAAGCAUUAGCAAUGACUCUAUAUAGGAACACUACACUUAUUCGUUUAAAUUUAAGCAGUAAUCGAUUUAGUAAUAAAACUGUAAAAACACUGGCUGGAGCAUUAUGCAAGAAUAUCUCCUUAUCUUAUUUAAAAUUGCAUAAUAAUAAACUAGGUGAAUUAGGUGGAAAAGAAUUGGCUAAUGUUUUAUGCAGAAAUAAAACUUUAACUUAUUUAUAUUUAAAUCGGAAUAAUCUUGGUGAAUCAGCAGGAAGAGCACUGGCUGAAGCAUUAUACAAAAAUACCACCUUAACUAAUUUAGAUUUAAGUGAUAAUAAGCUAGGUGAAUCGGUAGGCAUAGCAUUGGCUAAAGCUUUAUGUAAAAAUACGACCUUAACUAAUUUAGAUUUAGGUGAUAAUAAACUCGGUGAAUUAGGAGGGAAGGCAUUGGCUGAUGCUUUAUGCAAAAAUACCACCUUAACUAGUUUAAAUUUAGGUGAUAAUAGACUCUGUGACUCAGGAGGGAAGGCAUUGGCUGAUGCUUUAUACAAAAAUUCCUCAUUAACCGAUUUAAAUUUAUGCCAUAAUAAUCUGGGUAAAUUUACGGGCAAAGCACUAGCUGAAGCUUUAUGCAAAAAUAUCACUUUAACUAAUUUAAACUUAAGUGAUAAUAUUCUAUGUGAAUCAGGUGGUGAUGCACUGGCUAAAGCUUUACGUCAAAAUAACACCCUAACUAAUUUAAAUUUGAGUGAUAAUAAUCUAAGUGAAUUGGGAGUAAAAGCGCUGGCUGAUGCUUUAUCCAAAAAUACAAUCUUAACUAAUUUAAAUUUAAGUAAAAAUAGUUUAUAUGGAUCAGGAGGAAAAGCACUUGCUGAUACUUUGUGCAAAAACAUCGCCUUAACUAAUUUAGAUUUAAGUUGGAAUAAUCUUGGUGAAUCAGGGGGAAAGGCAGUAGCCAAUUCUUUAUCCAAAAAUACUGUCUUAAUUAACUUAAAUUUAAGUCAUAAUAGACUAUGUGAAUCAGGAGGAAAGGCAUUAGCUGAAGCUUUGUGCAAAAAUGUAACUUUAACCAAUUUAAAUUUAAGCGAUAAUAGACUAGGUAAAUUAGGAGGAAUAGCAUUAACUGAAGCUUUGUACAAAAAUACUUCUUUAAAAAAUUUAAAUUUAAGUGGAAAUUUUCUAGAAAAAUUAGCAGGAAAAGCAUUGGAUAAUGCAAGAAUAGUUAAAUAUUAG